UUGAUUUUUAGAUAUAAUAGAAUAAAUUAAAAAAUAUGCGUUCGGAACCGAAAAAAUUAAAUGUCAAACAUGAGUCGUGUAACUAUUUGUUUGAUGUUAUUGUGACUCAUUUUAGGACAAAUAAGAUACAAAUUCAAAAUCCCGCCCAGUUGCAGGUGGAUGUCAAAUUUAACAACCAAUCUUUGCGUAUAACAACAAGUCGUAUUAAUGUCACCGAAUUCAAAGCCGGUUCGGCUCUUGAGUUCAAAGACUUUCCAAACAAGCUACAGAAGUUCAUCUCGAAAUGUGGAAUGCCGGUGUCAGUUAUAUACAAUGGUAGAAUUAUCGGUGCCGGUCAAAUACAAUUCCCGGCAAUGUUCACUGAUCGCAUAGAAGAAGGCAUGAGUGAACUAAUGCAUGCGGAUACCUGCAUAUUUGAGCGCGACGGUGAAAUUGUCGGCACCCUUGAGAUACUCUGCCGCCUGUAUACGAAAUGCGACGAAACAACAAAGCAGGAGGAAUCGAAAUGUCAGCUGUACAAGGACAAAAGCAUCAAUCCGCAGGAUAUUAUGUUUAUUAUGGGGGAAAACCAACAGUGUCCCAAUCAAAGCGAUCUUUGUCCAGAUGUCAUGUACCCAGAUGAGGGUGAUGAUCUCCUGAAAUUGGAUUUGAUGCGCUAUCGCAGCUCCAAUGGUAACGACCGCCGGCGAACUGACACGUUCAUACAUAACCCAGUAGCGAAUAACGCCGCAGGUGGGAUGAAGCAAAUGGCACAGGACUGUGAGCAAAUUAUUGACUCAAUUGUCAAACGCACUGGCCAGCCUCAGCAAAUCAUUGACGAAAUUGACUGUGCAGUUGAACCUCCACCGACCUUACCAAGUCUUCCCCGCUUUUCGCAAUUUCCCGCGUUGCAGGUCAACAAUAAUGAAUUGUGCAACCCAAAGGUGAUACCGGUGCCAAUCAGUGAAAUUGAAAAGCCAUCCAUUAAACCCAUACGCUUCUGCCCCGUCUGCCUGACCAAUAUGUCAUGGCUGCCCAAGUUCGCCGCAUGUCCCAAUUGCGGUGUGAAGCCCAUGCCAGUCAUUGAAGAACGCCAUAAGGAAAAGAAACUAACAGCCGACCAAAUAGUGACCGAUUUACUGGGUAAGCCGUUCCUGGACAACAUUGAAGAUUACUGCGCGAAGCUCUGCGCUGCACCGGCUGCGAAAAAUACUGACGAAGAUCAACAGCUCGGAUGUCGGUGCACUUGCAAGAACGGAAAAAUCUGUGCGCACUGCCGAAUACGUAAAAUUUGCUCAGAUAUAUUUCAAGGCGAUGAAGGCCAGCCUACAUGCCCUGAGGCAAUCCCAAAAUCCUCUGAGCUCAUUUGCUUGGAAGAGAAUAACGUAGAAAAGUGCCGUCCACACUUGGCGCGCGUAUUCUCUGAGCUUCGCGAAUUGUACAACAUCAGAGAAAGCAAGCUGGCACAUGGGGUCAGCAGAGAAUGCGGUCAAUAUUCGUCGCCUAAUAAAAAUCCACAAGAAAUGGAUGUGAAACCAAAAGGUAAAUCAAAAGCAUAUUUACCGAAAAUAAACCGCUCCUCCGCGGAAAACACUGUAAAAUCAAGGAAACUAAAUGUCGAGCAAAGGCCUAUAACCUGCAAAAUAGGACACAAGUCCUGUGUUAGUCAACAGGGUGCCGUACCUCCCAACCACGGAUGGGCCUGGCCUUCCAGCAAGCUGACGCGCAAGUACGGCUGGCAGCCAGGUUUUGUUCGCAAGUCCAUCAAAAAGAUUAUGAGGUUUUUCUUGCAAUACUUACCAGAGAAAACCGCACUUGACACAUGUGUGAAAGUGGACAACGAAUGCCAGUCACCAAUUCUUAACGUGUGCAAGAAAAAGGGCGAAAUCUUCAUUACCCUGCGAGCGGUCAACAACAAGCAUGCUGACAUUAAGCCCAUUGUAUUUAAGGUAGUUAAAAGCGAUUUCGCUGUGGCUCUAAGCGAGAUCAAGAGGAAGUUGAAAGCGAAAGGUUUCCCCAAAUGCUGCUGCCAUAAGACGUUGAUGUUGUGCACCUGUCGCAGCUACUGCGACAAGAAAUAUCUCGAGCAUGCGCUGCAAAAAGAAUGCAAGCGUCGCGGCAUGGUGAGCUGUGUGAACGAACUGGUGCUCACGGACACCAGUGACAGCGAAAUGGAGUAUGAUUUUGAUGUGUCACCGCCAGCGGGCGUUACAAAGCCUCUGACGGUGCCAAAGCCACUCACCGUUAGCCAUAGCACCCAGUGCAUCGCAAGGGAUAUAAUUGCGCUCCCAAGGUAUCCAAUCAAAUACAGCCCCUAUUGGCGCGCCUAUGAUUGUGCUGCCGGUGAUCGUUACACGGGCACAGCCUUCGGCGCUCCAACAGAGGAAGUGUUUGAGGAUGGUUACUUUGGGAGCAAGGGUGGCGGUGUGCAUGGGGCAGCUACUCCGGGCGGCAAAAUUAGAAAUAAGGCUAUUAGGCGGAAAUCUUCUAGAGGACCUAUGCGGGCUAGCCCUGCUGCGAAAACAAAAUCGAAUGCCGCUGCACUCCUUGAAGUUAGAGUCCCUAAACGGCUUGAAAAGAAACUUGACGGGCCUUCCAGAGCUGAAGAGGCCAAAAGGAAAGAAAUGAUACAGAAGAAAUUGGGCAUCAACAUGAUGAAGUAUUUGCAGAGCCACGGAGCCUUUUCUAAGAAACGCCCUACUGUUGGCCCGGACGGACUUACCGAUUCACAACGUAGGCGUCGUGCUCUGCGGCUAAUCCCCCCACCGCCUAUCGAAUUUGUGACUCACCUUGGUAAGGGCUUUAAUCCCUGUACUGCUGGAUGCUGCAAUUCGUAUGGCAACCAGUGUCUCAAUCCUUGUUAUUACAGGUGCUAAAUAAAUAGUAGAUCAGUGUGCC